AUGCGAACAAUCAUCUCAAGCGACUUCGUCAUCUCAGAUAGAGGUGGGGUCGUUGAAAAUAGACACGCCGUCCACGCAGCGGUAGUAGACAGCACCGGAAAGCUACUCUACGCACUAGGUGACCCAUCACGCAUAACGCUCGCCCGAUCCGCGGCAAAACCCGCUCAAGCAGUCGCUAUUCUAGAAGCAGGGACAUUCGAAAAGUUCUCUUUCGACGAUGCAGACCUAGCUCUCAUGUGCGCUUCACAUAGCAGCGAAGAACGACAUAUUUCUCGUGCACAUGGGAUAUUAUCAAAAAUCGGUGCGUGUGAAGAGGAUCUGAAAUGCGGUGGUCAUAAGCCUGUGUCAGAAGCUGUGCAUCAUGCGUGGAUAAAGGCUGGAUUCACACCUACUCCGGCUUGUAGUAAUUGUUCCGGGAAGCAUGCUGGGAUGAUUGCUGCUACGAAGACACUUGGGGCUGAUGUGGGGAGUUACCAUUUACCGGAUCAUCCUUUGCAAUUGCGUAUCAGGGCAACCGUGGAUGAGAUCUGUGGGCUUGCUGAGCAGGAGUCGCUUUGGGGUCUGGAUGGUUGCAAUCUUCCUACUCCUGCCUUCCCGUUGAAAAUGUUGGGUCGCAUGUAUGUUUCUUUUGCUUCUGCUAUAGACUCUGAACAAAAGGAUAGUUCGCCGAGGAUCAAGGCACAAGCUAGUGUUUUCCGGGCCAUGUCUCAGAAUUCAGAAUUUGUUGCGGGCGAUGAUCGAUUUUGCACGGCUCUUAUGCAGGCUUUUGAUGGAUUGGUUAUUGGGAAGCUUGGUGCUGAUGGUUGUUAUGGGGUUGGGAUUCGGAAAUCGGCAUGUACGAGGCACAUUGGUGCGGAGGGCGCUGUUGGGUUUGCAGUCAAAAUUGAAGAUGGAAAUAUUGGGAUAUUGUAUUCUGCUGUUACUGAGAUUUUGGAACAACUUCAUAUUGGGGAGGCUUCUAUGCGUCUGCAAUUGGAUAGAUUCCAUUCUCCGGAGAUCAAGAAUACUGUGGGGGUUGUUACGGGGAAGGUGUUUCCCAGUUUCAAACUACAUCAAAUGCAAUGA